UUUGGGGAAAUUACUCCCCCCUCACAAACCCUUGAUGUAUCCUGGUUUCCCUUAAUUUCAGGAGUGCAUAUCACUUCCUUCUCGCCGCAACAUACCUGUUGAGUCAUCUGAUUGUGACAAAAAUGUACCUCACGUUGUCAUCGUUAAUUCGACAAAUCAUGCAAUAAUAAGAUGCCACAAGUGUUACAGCUGCCCAGUGAGUCAGGGUCUCUUCAUGCAGUGCAAUGGCCAGAAUGUAACCAAAUCAGAGUUAAAAGUUGAAUGUGUGUGGUGUGUUGCUGGUGUGAAUUACUCUGCUGAACACACAGUCAGCCGGUGUCAACCAUGUCUCCCAGAGGUAAUUGGUAUUUCUGUUUUUUACCACUUAUGGGCCAUGUUUUCGCAUGUGUCAGCUUAAGUUUAUCUAAUGGACAUUGUCCAAGGCAGGGCUGCAAAUAAAUAUUUGACUUGACAGGACAUUUGUCCGAUCAUUUUUAAUUUUGGUCGGACAUAACUUGAAUUUGGUCGGACAAAAACCAACAUCACUAAAUUUGGUCGGACAUAUAUACGUCACAACGUUAAGUAAAAUGCUAGAAUGCCUUAUUGCAAAAUGCAAAUUGAGUGAAUUUGCAAUCGGAUUUGUCACAGCAAAAAAAUGCAUGUGGCAAUUUUUUUUGGGAUCGGACCAAUGUCCGAUCAAAAUUACUUUUGCUUGGACAUUUGCCAAAUUUAGUCGGACAUUGUCCGAUGUCCGACAGUAAUUUGCAGCCCUGCAAGGAUAAAUUGAUUAAAUUUUGCUUAAAUUUGGAUUGGACUGCAAGCGUUCCCUCCUUUCUGCGGGUUUAGAUUUCCGGGCAAGCGAUAAAGGAAAAGAGGGACUGCCGACAACAUAUCAAGAAACUAAAUAUGUGUUUCCCACACAACGCGAAAUUCCCAUUGGUCGAAAUUGAUGCGCGUGUCAAUCAAAUCUGAUACAUAGUAAUUAUGCUAUAAAUGUUGAUUUAAUAAAUACUCAUGACAUUAACGGUUCCUAUUGGAUAGAUUUAAUUGGAUAUAAGUAAUCUUUAUGCAAAGGCGGAGCCAACUUGACAAGAGCAAAAAGUGGGUGUAUUUCGUUUCUUGAUGUGUUGUUGGCGGUCUCGCUUUCCCCAGAGGAACUGCUCACAGUCUAAAUUUGGAUGGAAAUUGGAUGAAAUUUGCUUUGGCAGGCAGAAUAAACUGAAUGCAUAAUUACAUCGUCAGCUUAGAAUUAUUUUGUCCUAGGUAAUAGGACACAGGACAAAAUAAUUCUAACCUGACGACAUGUAUAGCCCAUAGUAUAAUAUCCUGUGUUACUUAAUACCAAGGCAUAUAAUAUACUGGAGGGCCCAUUUGGUCCUGCAGUUCUGACUAGUUAGUGGCUCAGACUGUGUCCUGCCUUGAGUGACCUAAAUCCUACUCUGGGGAGCCCAUACCUGGGCCCUGGUCUUGGUUUUGCCCCCCUUCCCCCCAAAGGUCUUGGCCCCCUGAAACAUUUUAAUUGAAAUAUUUCCAAUUCAGAGAUGUAUAGAUGGCGAAAAGAUGGAAGGAAAAUGUGAGCCUAGUGGGGACAAACGAACUUGUGAAAGAUGUGAAUUAGAAAAGUGGUACUACAACAACACACAAAAGACUUGCUUGCCUUGUGAUUGUCAAAACGUGACGGUAGAAAUGAAGCGUAUUUGUAGUGGUCUUGGUGUUACCUUGCAGUGUGAUGUACCUACCCGUGUAUCAACAAAUACCACAUCAUCUCCCUCAAGUGAUGCCACGAGAUCUGUUUGGAAAACAACAUACACCAUCAUAGCUAUAAUAGCUGUGUGUAUUUUGUCUUUGUUGCUCCUGUAUUCCUGUUGUGUGACAAGAAGAGUAAAGAAAUUGAAGCAUGACCAUCCUCACUUAUCAGUGUGUAGUAAGGAGUGGUUUUGCCAAAUAUUCAUCUUCAAAAAUGCGACAAGAAGUCGACCACCAUCUUAUACACCAAGAGAUGCACAUGCACAAAAUGGAAAUGGUAGGUUCUUGUUUACAAAAUUGUUUUUAUCAAAUAUUUAUUCAAGCAUGCGAAGUAAGAAUACUGUUAACACCCUACUGUAUUAUUUUACUCUGUCUAACAGUUUGUUAAGGCGAGAGUCCUGGCACUCGGUGGGUUGAAAAUACAAAAAUCUUACCCUACACUAAAAAGAUUAAAGGCCUAGCCUCUUCAAACACGUUGGUCCCAGCCCUCGAAAACCGUCAAAAUUGAGGUUGGCAAAUAAAAUGCCGACCUAAAUCUGACCUACACAGGAUUGAACAAUGCUUUGCUGCCCACAUUGUUCACAUUUGUCAACAAUAUUGAACAAUAUUGUUACACUCGAUUCAGGCUCAGCAAUAUUGUUCAAUAUUGUUGACAAGUGUGAACAACAUGGGUAGCAAAACAUUGUUCAAUCCUGUUGAGCAGCGGGCUCGACGUUUUUUGCCAUGUAGGUUGGCACGUCUCGGCAUUUUUAAAAAUCUGUUUCCAUGUCUUGGAGCACUAGAAAUCUCGUAUUUACGAAUCAUUGAAAUCGGAAUAUAAAGCAUGCCUUUUUCCGUGGAAAUGCGAACUACACUAUUAAACACGACAGCUUUUCUUUUGCAGUCUUACCAAAAUUAUUUUUAGAAUACCCGUCAAUUUUUAAACCUUACACCAAAGUGUGUUUAGUUAACCGAACUACGAAUCGAAUUCUAUAAUCACAGACUUUUUAACAGCAAUCAGCACCAAAAAGUUCUUACUUUGGCUGAAUUAAGGUCAGCAAAAAUUUGUCAUUGCCGAAUGCCGACCUUGUUUUUGAGGGCUGUGGUCCAACAUGUUGGUGAAACAUUAUUGAACAUUGUUGGAUGCAGCCUCAUUUGAACAUUAGACAGAUUUAGAUUGAGGACGCAGACGUCAAAGACGAUGUGAAAAUGGGGUCAACAUCCAUACAUGGGCUGUAACACGCCAUUUUCACAUCAUCUUUGACGGCCGCGUCAUUGUGGCCGAUGUUAUAUCAGGUUUGACUUUGUUUCAAAUUUUAGUCCAACAUUUUGCAACAUUAAGACUGUUUGACGAUUUUGGACUCAUUUGAAUGUGGCUUAAAGUUCUUUAAUUUUGCAAUUAGGUUUUUCAGAGAGAGCUUUAUUUCUUCGUCAAACUUCAUGUCCUGUAACACAAAAUGAGAAAUACGUCGUCAACAACAGUCCUCAUGGUAUGCAAGCAUUUCUAACUAAAUCACACAACUCCAUUAUGUUGCCUUGUAAAAUAAUAGACUUCAUAUAUGUAUAUGCGAGGCAGGGGAUUUAAUUUCUAAAGAAAUGUAUUUGUGUUCUCUACAGCAUCUUUGAAACAAGGUGACAGCCAGGAAAAUAUCAAACUCCUUUCAAAAAUUACAGGUAAGAAUGCAAAGUAUCUAAAACCUAUUUGAUGCAUUUGCUUUUCUCAUUUAGGGCAGUGCCUCUGCAUGUUUCUUAACCUAUUUCCAUGCAAUGUGCCGAUAAUGCACUUUUCACAUACUGCAUGUCAUUGUGUUCUUUCUAAUGUGGUCCGAUCAUCAGCUAACAUUGCUGUGUUAACCAGAUAUACUACAAUGCAACCUUGUUUCGAUUUUUUUGUUUUUCAGAAUGUGAACAAAGAAAACUGAAAUUUUUCGACAUGAAUUCAGAAACCGUUCGUAAAAUCCUCCAAGCAUUGAAGCAGAACAUCGACACUGGCAUGGGUUAUCCCACUCUGGCUGGCCUCAUGGGAUUUUCAGCCAAUCGGGUGAAGGAAUUUGAAGAGGAUGGCAAACCUUGCAGGAAUAUGUUCGAAUGCUGGAGCAAUUUAGAUACCACAGCAAAUAACGUGCUGAAGUUGAAAGAUUUGGUGGUGAAAUUAAAAAGGGACGACAUUUUGGAAUUGUUGAAGUCAGAGUUAGAGAAAGCAAAAGAAAGAUGUCAUUGCCCAAACUGUCUUGACAUCAGAGUCAACCAGGUUAGUCUAAAUCAGGGACAGAACCAUUGCUAACGAUUGCUAUGACUUGUAAAAUGUGUGAGGUUCAAAUGUUUUCUUCAAUGAGAGGUUUCAAUGUUUGGGUGUGACUUUCCCCAGCUCAGAAAAUGUUGCUUCUUACAUUGUAAAUGUUUGACCAUGCCACAGAUUUUUGUGGUAUUUUGCAAUGAGCUUUUGAAUUGUAAAUGUUUCAACGUGCAUUCUGAAAGCUUUUGAAUUGUAAAUGUUUCGACGUAUUCUGAAAAUGUGCAGAUUGUUUUAAUAAGCUAAGAUUUUUAAGCGGCAUAUGAAGAAUUCAGCUGUCAGUUGAGUGUUGGUGUAGAAACACAGAUUGAGUAUUAGACUUUAUAUAAUAACUACAGUGAAACACGCAAUUUGAUUGGUCAAUAGCCGUGCAGGAUGAGGCUAUCCUGCACGAGGAAUUAAAAUGCCUUCGCGGGAUUUUCGCGGGAUUCUCAAAAUGUCAUUGUUUGAUUUGUUUCACUGUAGUUAUUUUAUAAAACAAUUACCAAAUGGUUUUCUAAGCAGGAUAGCGUGAUCCAUGCACUUGGGAUGUUGGUCGACUUUCGGAAAGCGUAAAAAUACACUCGCUUGCGGCUCGAGUAUUUUUACGCUUUCCGAAAGUCUCGCGACAUCCCUCGUGCAUGGAUCACGUAAUCCUGCACGGAAAACCAUUCGGUAUUCCUUUAAUAUUGUUGCUGGCGUUAGAUGUCUUGUUCGCAUGUUGCACUUUGAUGUUUGUUAAGGGAGGGGGGACCACUAGAUAUCCUGGGAGGGAGAGGGGAAAUUUUUCUUGCAAUAAUUUUUUUAAGUUCGGAGCUUUCUAAGUCGCAGGAUUUUUUUCUUUAAUGGACCUUUCCCCUAAAAACAAAAAAUUUGAUCCAGACAAAAGGUUCAUCACAGUUUGAAAGAGCAUCACAAAAUUAGUAAUAUUCCAAAGUUUCGUUGCGAAAUGUUGUAAAAUGCGGAUAAUAUAGCCCUGCGAAGUUUUCAAUUUUCAGUCAUUUUGUAUUCCGCACAGGAAAUUGACAGCCCAAUCGGGUGUUGGGGCAUCAAUUUACCGUUUGUAAUCUAAAAUGACUGAAAAUUGCAAAUUUCGCAGGGCUAUAUUAUCCGCAUUUUACAACAUUUCGCAACGAAACUUUGGAAUAUUACUAAUUUUGUGAUGCUCUUUCAAACUGUGAUGAAAUUUUUGUCUAGACUUGUCUAGAUAAAAAUUUUAGUUAUAAGGGGAAAGGUCCAUUACUUGCAUGAUAUUUUUCAACUUCCACUUUGCAUGAUUUUGGGGAAUUUUUUCUACGCUGUUCUGUUACAGUUUGUGAUGCUAAUUAGGACGUUGAAACAUACAGCACAGGAUACAACAUGCAUAAUAAAAGUCGAAUAACGUCCAAGGAAAUUAAUAUGUUAUAAAUAAAUAACAAAAUCACUUACACUUUUAUUUAGCUCCUAAAUUUUAGCCUUGAAACAUCAAAUUGUAACUUACUCACAAGAUAAAAACGUUUAGCAACUCCAGAAAGAUAAAGUAUAUAUUAAGCUGAGAAGGUUUAAAAGUUGGUUUUAUUAUAUUUAUAGAAAACUUGAGAUAUCCGAGCAGAUUAUAUAGAACUUUAAUGCUGAGUAUCAGACGUAUAAAAUAUAAAACAAAACACAUAUUACGAGGUCGAUAUUGUUUGCAAACAUUUUUGAAAGCAGUCGAUUUUCGAUAUAUUGAAUGAAUGAUUAUUAGGAGACUGAGAUAUUAAGUCGUUAAAGUAGAGUGAAAAAUUUUCGGAUUUAAAGAAGAUUUAUUUAUCAGCUGAAUUCUUCAGUAAGGGUAAAAAUGUUGAAUUUUAAUGUGAGCGCUUACGGGAAGUCUUAGCCAUAAGCCUCGUUUUCAUGAUAGAAAUAUUGGAUUUAAUCUUUAAAGUACUAUCAUGAUCUUGUUACAAGUGUACAUAUUUACGAUAUCAUACAUUUGUAUUAGAGAGAGCCUCGUUUUCCUGUAUGUAACAAUAGGCAGCUUAAGAUGCACUAAAUCUACGACGCGGACAUGACGAAAAACUGCCUCUAGUUUCACUUCACGGGUAAAAACUUUGGAUUGUUGGUAAACAAAGCCAGGGACACAAGAAAAACGAAGUAAAACUAGUCUCCAAUUAUUAUGUCUCCAAUAUCCGUGUCGUAGAUUUGGUGUAUCUUCAUCUCCUUAUUAGUCAAAGCCCAACGUCUUAGUCAUGAAAACGAGGCUCUAUAGCCAAGGUGACGUACCUUGCAGAAGCAUGUAUUACGUCAUCCUCGUUCCCAGGUAUCACUACCCUGGAUUCCAGAGCCUUCGACAGUAAAUAAUAAAUUGAAACGUCGCGAAGGCUCUGGUUCAACGGGGAGAUUCUUUGAUUAAACCGCACCAAUCACAAAACAGAAUUAGUGGUUUUAGUACAGAAUCUGUACUAAAACCACUAAUUCUGUUUUGUGAUUGGUGCGGUUUAAUCAAAGAAUCUCCCCGUUGAACCAGAGCCUUCGCGACGUUUCAAUUUAUUAUUUACUGUCGAAGGCUCUGGAAUCCAGGGUAAGGUAUCACGUCAUCAGUGACAAGAUAAAGUUCUCUAAAACUGAGAUCUCAAUCACGAAAACGAGGCUCUAUCUAAGGCGACGUACUUGCAAGAAAUGUGUAUUUAACGAGUGUUCUAGCCUCCUCCGCAGACAUCUCGUGGUCUAAAGGCGAUGCCUGCGGAGGAAGCUACGAGUUUUCAUUGUUCUACCAUUUUUUCCUGCGGUACGUAUUAGUGUCUUAAGUUAUAAUGUAAAGUUAUUAAAAGCUGUAAUGUUUUAAUAUAAGUUAAUGCUUGUACUACACAUAGAAAAUAUUUAGUAGCAGACCAGGUAUUCAAUAAGGUUGUUCAGAACGUUAUCCAUUGCGGGUUCAUGGAUAGAAUUAUAAACGUUGGCUGAUAUUAGAGGUGAGUUUCACUGAGCAUUGUCGACAUGAUGGUCACUAGCAGUUCUCAGAGGGAGAAAAAAUAAUGUUAGUUCUUCAUUAAGGUUGAUUUACACUAUAAAAGUUUCUGUGACUUUGUAUAAGUAAACUAUUGAAGGAUUUGUAAGAAAUGUUUGAGAGAACUCGAUGUUUAACAUUAAGUCAGUUGCCUGAAACAUUUCUUACAAAUCCUUCAAAACUUAGAAUUUACCCAUGCAAAAUUCCUACUGUGAUCACAGGGACUUUGAUAUUGUAAAUCAGCCUUUAUUAGCGGGAGAAAAUAAUGUUAGUCGCGGGUUUGAAGACAAAGAACAAGGUUGUGGUGAGACCACAUUUCUCGUGUCCUGAAGUUGACGAUCAUCUGCUGUCGUGCUUAUUGAGACUCGCCAAUAAUUCGUCGUGAAGUUUGUGUAGCUGGUCUUAUAAACUAAUUUCGACAAAGCGCAAUAGAACACCAGAAACCUGGCGCUGAUGUAGUGUAGCUUGAAUAAUGUAGAACAUGGAAUGUUUUAGCCAUUUCCAUGUAAAUAAUAUGCUUAAUUGUAGAUUGUUUUUGAACAAUAAAAAUAAUUUCAUUUUACAAGUUUA